AUAUUGCUGGUACCUAAAUUCUCUCUCUGCCUGAGUUUCUGUACGUUGAAACCGGUGGGCGGCCAAAUCCGUUAUUUAUACAAUGUGCAGAGGUUAUUGAAUAGAAGCUGAGGAAAGGAUAUCUAAUCAGAGAUGAUGGAGAAAAGAUCAAGAAUUCGCUAUUCAAUUAUAAUAUGUAUGCUCCUCCUCCUCCUCAUUCCUACAUCCUCAGCAACUAAUAAUAAAGCUCUGCAAGCAUCAAAAGACCUCCGUGUUAAUUUCUACCAAGAAUCUUGUCCUCAGGCUGAAGACAUCGUUGCCAAGGUUGUUAUUUCCUCCUUCCGCAACGAUCCCGCCAUUGCAGCUGGCCUCAUUCGCCUCGCCUUCCACGAUUGCUUUGUCAAUGGUUGUGAUGCGUCAAUACUAUUGGAAAAAACUCCCACCGGGGAGAAAACAGAGAGAGAUUCCCCUAUCAACGGUCAAAAUAUGAGAGGCUUAAGCGUGAUAGACCAAGCAAAAAAAAUGAUUGAGGAAGAAUGUCCAGGCAUCGUGUCAUGUGCGGACAUCAUUCAGUUUGCUGCCCGCGACAGCGUUAUUAUGACCGGACUGUAUCACUACGACGUUCCAGGCGGCCGCAGAGAUGGACUCGUGUCUCGAGAGAAGGACAUCGAAGCCAACAUGCCUCUAGUGGUUUGGAACGUAACGAAAAUGGUUGAAAUAUUUAACGAGAAAGGACUAAACAACGAAGAUUUGGUAGUACUCAUGGGCGCACAUUCAGUGGGAUCUGCACAUUGUCCUACAUUUUACUAUAGAGCGCAAAAAAACGACCCCAAAUUGAGCUCCAAGAUGUCUGAAAAGAUGAAAGCUGCAUGUAACAAGCCAAACUUUCAAGAUAUGUUGAAUAGCUCCCUACCUUUCGAUUCAGUUUCACCUAACCUGUUGGAUACCGGUUUCUACAACCAGCUCAUUUCAGGUGAAGCCCUGAUCGAGUCUGAUCAGGCAUUGUCCUUGGACUCUAGAACAUCCAAGAUUGUCUAUAUGAUGGCUUCACCUAAUGGAAGAUGGCGAGAUGAGAAAUUUGUCAAUGCUAUGGUUAAGAUGGGGAACAUUGAGGUCAAGACUGGAACUGAAGGUGAGAUCAGGAAACAUAGUCAGUAUGUUAAUGAACCAUCUGGAUCUAACGCAGAUUCUGGAUCUGAUGCAUAUUCUGGAUCUGACCCCGACAAUGAUUCCACUCCAGAUAUAAAUAUGGGACCCUUUGGCAAUCUCUUCCCUGGACUCAUCCCUGGGAUCCCUCAUUGAUCUUAUGCUCUUUCUGUCUUAUAAACUUAACAAUUAAAUCAAAUCAAGGAUACACUACUAACACUAAAUAUGAUCAGGAUUAGAUUAUCUUGAAUUUACUUCUAACUAUUACAGUAA